AUGAUGUCCACAGAGAAUACAAAUAAUAUAGUUACAAAGAGUGAUAGCGAUGGCAUACCAAUUUUUGAUGGUGUUAGAAAGAAAUAUGAUGAUAGUACUUUUUAUGGAAGAUUUCAAAAUUUUAGAGAUAUAACCGACCCAAGUACAAUGUUUUGUACUUCAAAGGAUUUAGAGGAAUCAAAAACAUUAUUAGAUAACUUUAAAAAAGGUUUAGUAAACCCAAUAACCCACAAUAAAGAACUUUGGAAAGCAAAGAAAAUCGUUGAUGCAACCAUUCACCCAGAUACAGGUAACCCAAUUGCAUUACCAUUCCGUAUGUCUUCAUUUUUACCAAUUAAUGUUAUAGUUUGUGCAGGUUUAAUUUUACCAAACGCAUCAAUCGGUACAACCAUAUUUUGGCAAUGGAUUAAUCAAUCAUAUAAUAUAGCAUUAAAUCACGCAAAUAGAAACGCAAGUAAUACAAUGUCAAAUAAACAAAUUCUUGAAGCCUAUGGUUCAGCUGUUGGUAUUUCAUGUUCAUUAGCUGUCGGUUUGGGUUAUGCAGUAAACAAAUUACCAAUCGCCAAUCAAACAAUAUUAAACGGUUUAAAGAUGAUGGUACCAUUCACUGCUGUUACAUCAGCUGGUAUUGCAAAUGUUUUAAUUAUGAGAGGAAAUGAAAUGGUUAAUGGUAUUGAUGUUAAAGAUAAAGAUGGUGUUAUUCAUGGCAAAUCAAAAGAAGCAGGUAAAUCAGCAGUCUAUAAAGUAGCAUUCUCUAGAGCAGCAACAUCUUUCCCAGCAUUAUUAUUACCACCAAUGGUUAUGUCAUUAUUUGAAAGAAUGAAAUUUGUACAAAAAUAUCCAAAAGUUAAAAUGCCAUUAAACCUUGCUGUAAUUGCUGCUAUCUUUAAUACAUCACUUCCAGCUGCAAUUGCAAUGUUCCCACAAGAAUCAACUAUUUCAGCAAAAGAUUUAGAACCAGAAUUUAGAAACAUUAAAGAUAAAAAUGGUGAAAUAAUUAAUGAAUUUAUUUACAACAAAGGUUUAUAA